AUAACCUUUAUUGAAGCAGCUGCAAUUCACUACUGAGAGCUAUCUGAGCACAUAAGACACGGCCAGAGCACUGAGAGAUAUCAGGUAUUGAUGUAACUGGAGUGAAUAAGGGAACCUUCUUCCUGAGCACAGACAUUGGAGCCUGUUAUCAGCAUGAACUCAUAUGUGUUAGACAAACACAUGAAUAGUUUAUAUCCAUCCUUCACUACAGGAAGCAUCAGAAUGAUACCGCAAACUCCAAUAGUCUUAGACACCAAUGACUAUUCACAAACAUUGGGGAUAUCACAGCAGAUAUUUAAAGGAGAUGGUGAAUUGGCAGGAACUGGGCAGCAAUCAUUAUGUACAGAGAGUAAUUUAGUCAUCAAACAAGAGGACGACAUUUAUGACUUAUCUAGUGAAAUGAUUAUCCCAGAGGAUAAACCACACAUAUUUACUGAGUUUUCAAAACAUAUUAAAGAAGGUAAAAGUCUACAGUCUAGCCAAAUGUUUCAUACAAAGGAGCAACCUUUCAAAUCUACAGAAUGUGAGAAAAGCUUUAGAUGGGAGUCACAUCUACUAGAACACUACAAAAUUCACACAGGUGAGAAACCACACAAAUGUACUGAGUGCGGCAAAUGUUUUACACAGAUGAAUCAUCUGAAAAGUCCAUGAAAGGAUU